CCUUCCACAUGCUGAACACGUUUCUCAGUCUCUCUCCAUCCUGAACACACGGCCACCAUAGAAGUUCUUCUACCUCCCACCACACAGGUGGACAGAAGAAUCGAUCUCGUCAUAUUGGUCUUUAUCAUUAUAACAAAGUCCCACAGAAAACGAGUCAUAUGGGUGUUUUAAGGGACUGAACGUCUUUAUUGCAGUUCACUGGACGAUUCGCACAGGGCACAAGCCAUAUUGGUGUUCUUAAUGUCAUAAAUGUUUUAGAUGCUCUUCAACAUCUGUCCAGCUUCAGAGGACAUCAGGCAAGUUGGUGUUCUGAAAGUGUCAAUAUCUUUACAGCCCAUGUAUACAUAAGGAGUCAUUUCAAAAGCUAUUGUUUGGAAUGUGACAAAAGGUUUUACCAUGAAGACAAAACGUAUCAAACACCAGCAGGUUCACACUGUAGAGAAGCCAUAUCAGUGUUCUGAAUGUGAUAAAGCUUUUUUAUACAAGUCACAUCUUUUCGUACACCAGAAGAUUCACACUGGAGAGAAACCAUUUCAGUGUUCUGAAUGUGACAAAGCUUUUACAUCGAACGCAGAUCUGAUCAGACACCAGAGGGGUCACACUGGAGAGAAGCCAUAUCAGUGUUCUGAAUGUGACACAACUUUUAAAUGUAAGGAAGGCCUUAAUGUACAUGAGAGGAUUCACACAGGAGAGAAACAAUUUCAGUGUUCCAAAUGUGACAAAUCUUUUCUACGGAAGGUACAGCUUAUCGAUCACGAGUGGGUUCACACUGGAGAGAAACCAUAUCAAUGUUCUGAAUGUGACAAAGCUUUUAUAAGAAAAUCAGGUCUUAUCAGACAUAAGAUGAUUCACACUGGUGAGAAGCCGUAUGAGUGUUCUGAAUGUGAUAAAGCUUUCCACUUGAAGGCUAAUCUUCUCUCACACCAGAAGAUUCACACUGGUGAGAAGUCGUAUCAGUGUUCUGAAUGUGAUAAAGCUUUUGCACGCAAGAAAAGCCUUAUCCAACACCAGAGGAUUCACACGGGAGAGAAGCGGUAUCAGUGUUCAGAAUGUGGGAAAGCUUUUGCAACCAAGCCACAGCUUAUCCAACACCAGAGGAUUCACACUGGAGAGAAGCCGUAUCAGUGUUCGGAAUGUGGUAAAGCUUUUUCACUGAAGGCAGUCCUUAUCAAUCACCAGAGGAUUCACAUUGGAGAGAAGCCAUAUAAAUGUUCGGUAUGUGGUAAAGCUUUUAGACAUACUCAAAGCCUUAUGACACACCAGAAAGUUCACACGGGAGAGAAGCCACAUCAGUGUUCUGUAUGUAACAUGACCUUUGCAUUGAACUCGGAGCUUACCAUUCACCAGAUACUUCACACUGGAGAGAGGCCAUAUCAUUGUUCUGAAUGUGAUAAAGCUUUUACACAUAAGUCAAAGCUUUUCAGACACCAGAAGAUUCACACUGGGGAGAAGCCAUUUCAGUGUUCAAAAUGCGACAACGCUUUUCAAGAAAAAUCAAUGCUUAUCGUGCAUGAGAGGAUUCACACUGGAGAGAAGCCAUAUCAGUGUUCUGAAUGUGACAAAGCUUUUACAAUGCGGACGUAUUUUAUCAGACACAAGAUGGUUCACACUGGAGAGAAGCCAUAUCAAUGCUCUGAGUGUGACAAAGCUUUUACAAUGCGGACGUAUUUUAUCAGACACAAGAUGGUUCACACUGGAGAGAAGCCUUAUCAAUGUUCUGAGUGUGGUAAAGAAUUUGCACGUAAGGAAAGCCUUAUCAGACACCAGAUAGUUCACUCUGGAGAGAAGCAAUUUCAAUGUUCAGAAUGUGAUAAAGCUUUUAAACAUAAGGAAAGCUUUAUUAUACACCAGAAGGCUCACAAGGGAGAGAACCCAUAUCGGUGUACAGAAUGUGGCAAAGCUUUUACAGUGAAAAAAGAUCUCAUCAGACAUCAAAUGACUCACACUGGAGAGAAGCCUUAUGAGUGUACUGAAUGUGAUAAAGCUUUUACUCGCAAAGCAGGUCUUAUCAGACACCAGAGGGUCCACACUGGAGAGAAGCCAGAAUGAGACAAAGCUUUUAUGAUUUAAUGCCGGGCUGAUCAAACGCCAAAGGAUUCAAAAGUUUCAGCUACAGUGAGAAAAUUGCGAGAAGGGGGAUUAAAAAGG